UAACGCACACACCCUUUAACGGUGUACACUGUACAGCCGAGAGGUGUAACCUACCUAACCUCAGGAAUUGAUGUGUUGUUUGUUUACUUAAAAAAUAAUAAAUACGAAAUAAAGCAGAACGCAGAAUGCCCCCGAAAUAUAAAUUUUUGGAAGGGGAAAAGGUGCUUUGUUACCACGGACCGCUUAUUUACGAAGCGAAAUUAUUGAAAUCGUCGGUGACCAAAGAUGGAAAAUCUACUCAAUACUACAUUCAUUACGCCGGAUGGAAUAAGAAUUGGGACGAGUGGGUACCUGAAGAUAGAGUACUAAAAUUCAAUGAUGAAAAUGUUAAAAAACAGAAAGAAACUUCAUUAAAACAUGAGCAAAGCAAAGAGAGCAAACAAAGCAGCAGAAAAAGUAGUGGAUCAGCUAAAUCCUCUGGAAGACGCAGUGACUUUGGAAAAGAUAAGGAUAAAGACAAGGAUAGCGACAGUAGAGCAAGUACUCCAGUUGCUCUCAUGGAGCGAACACCUAGUCGAUCAAGCAAAGCCAUUGCUAAUGCACCAACACCAACAUCUUCCAAUGACUCUCCUCUGGAGGCACCAAGGAAGAGAAGAGGGCGUGCAGCCACAGAGCCUUCAGAUGACAAUGAAUCUUACACUGUUAAAACAGAAUUCAAUAUAAAAUUACCUAAUGAAUUAAAAAUGUUGCUUAUUGAUGAAAAUGAAGUAAUUGUUAAACAAAAGAAACUACCAACUUUACCUAUGAGUAUCACUGUUGAUAAAGUUUUUGAAAAUUAUAAGGAGGCUAUAGAAUCUGGAAAAAUUGAAGGAUUGCACAUGGAAAGUGCAGUUGAAGUUACCAAAGGUAUACGUGAAUAUUUUAAUUCUGCUAUUAAUUUGAAAUUGUUAUAUGCUUGGGAAAAACCUCAAUUUGAGGAGAAAGUACCAGAAGACUCAAAUGUUCUUCCAAGUCAGUUAUACGGUCCAUAUCAUUUACUGAGAUUAUUAGUUAAACUGGGAGAAUUGAUGUCUUACACUCAUUUUGAUGAAAGUAGCAAGGAAUUGUUGACAAAACAUUUCAGGCAUUUUAUUCAAUUUUUACAGAGUAACAUAAGCAGUUUAUUCAAUUUGAAUGAUUACAAGGAUCCACCGCAGGACUACCAAAAAAAAUUUAAUAAAUAAGUGUAUUAGAAUGUUAGAAAAUAUUUAUAUUUUCUAGGAGUAUUCUAAAAUUAUAAUUUUUUGUAGACUAGAAUGUUAUUGUAGAGGAUUUAAUAGAGUAGACAUUAAUUUAUGUACAUUAAGUUAUUGAAUCAUGAAUUAUCAAAGUUUAUAAUAUUCAUAUCAAGUUAUACAUAUUUGUAUAAGAUUCUUGACAAGUAAAAUGAAAUUCAAGUGUA